AGAGGCACAGCUGGCUCUGCCGGGCCGGGCGUGAGCCACCCACCCACCCGCACUGCUGCUGGGGUGAGCCAGGAUGUCCCAGCUGACCGUCAAUGAUCACCUGGAGGGGAUCCUCUCUGACUUCGAAGCGCUGAAGAGGUCGUUCGAUAUGGAGGAUGCUGAAGAGGCUCCAGCCUGCCCAUUUGGCCCCAGCACACCCACAGACAGCCUAGCUGCUGGCAAUGGGGAAAACAGCCAGCUGGCCAGCCUCAUGCCAACCACCUAUCAAUCCCACAUCAGCCUCAGCUCGAGCCCCAGCCCAGCUCACAGCCCUGUGUUGAAGACUAGGGUUAGCACCAGCUUCUCCUUCAACAAAGGCACAAUCCAGCUGGCCAGGGCCAACGGCACCAUGAGCUCCAGCCUGACCCGUGUCGCCUCUUUCCAAGCCAGGCUUGAUCCCAACGGCGUCUCCUCCUCCUUGGGCCAGGGCAGCGAGAGCCUUCACAGCUCCUCCUCCAGCUUGGAGUGCCCACCACUGCCCAGCACGCCCCAGAGUGCUGCCAGGCAGCCAGAGCCUCGGGUCCUCAAGGCCACCCCGCUUGCUAACCCGGUACUGAAGAAAUUCUCUUCCCACAGUAAUGUCUUCCAUUCCGAGGCGGAACAGCCCAUCCAGCUGGUGUCCAAGGCCAGAGUGAACCAUGGCUCGCUGCCCUCUCUGGACCUGCACAUUGCCGAAGAUCAGGGCUCCCCUAUCCCACUCGCCCCUGCCCUGGCUUUUCACUCUGCUGGAGCCUGGAGCAGCAGCAGCCAGAACUGCACCUUGCUCCGAGGGAAGAGCAGCACACCCAUCAGCAGGGAGCCUUCCUUCUCCUCCUCUUCCUCCUCUUCCUCUUCCUCCCCACUCUCCGAUGCCACCCAGCGGCCCAGUCUGAGCCCCCCUCCUCCACCCUUCAGGCAGCCGAUAAAGCUGCAGAAAUUCCCCAUCAGCCUGGAUGGUUUGGUGGGGAAGCCUCUGGACGGCUCUGAUCCAGCGCCGAGUGCUGACUCUGUGUCCAGACCGCUGCCAAGGAAGCAGCUCCAGCUCAGCCUCAGCCCCAGCCUGUCCCGGCAGCCCCUGGGUAGGGCCAAGGAGGGUGCAACUGCAGCCACUGUGAGUGGUGUGUCCGCAGCGCCCUCUCCGGGGAAGUGCCCAGGUGCCCAGGUCAAUGAGAGCCCUUGGCCAUCGUCUCUGUCUCCUGCUCAAGCUGCUCCCUUCAGGCUCAUGUCUCGGCCUCAGAUAAUGCAAGUGACUUCUCAACCCUCCUUCCUUGGGGGCCCAGCAGCAUGUCCAAGGGAACAUGUCCGAUCCACGGCUGAAAGAGUCAACUCCUUCUCCAGCUCCGAGGUCUCAGGCCUCAGGGCUCCUGCUCCCAGUUCCUACCCAAGGCAAGCCCCCUACAUGGGCCUGACAGGUUCUCCAAGGGUCUCUCCUGUGAGCAAGGGGAUGCAGGGCCGAGAGAAGACAAAGGAAGGGAGUAGCCCGGAGCCAGGGUGUAUCAGCAUGGAGGGGGAGCUGGUCCAGCCAGCGCCCGAGGAGACGCCCCGCGACGCUAAUCCAGCCAACGUGGGGCUGGAGCUCUUUGGCUACGUGGGCAUCGAGGCAGUGCUGGAUCAGAUGAGGAUCAAGACCAUGAAAACAGGCUUCGAAUUCAACCUCAUGGUUGUAGGGCAGAGCGGCCUGGGGAAGUCAACAAUGGUGAACACCCUCUUCAAGUCAAAGGUGAGCCGGAAACCCACAGGCCCCGGCUACGAGGAGCGCAUCCCAAAGACAGUGCAGCUGCAGUCCAUCACCCACGUUAUUGAAGAGAAGGGCGUGAAGAUGAAGCUGACUGUGACAGACACGCCGGGGUUCGGCGACCAGAUCAACAAUGAAAACUGCUGGGACCCCAUCAUCAAGUACAUCAACGAGCAGUACGAGAAGUACCUGAGAGAGGAGAUCCUCAUCAGCCGCAAACGGAAGAUCCCGGACACCAGGGUCCACAGCUGUGUGUACUUCGUGCCACCCACUGGCCACUGGCUGCGUCCCUUGGAUCUGGAGUUCAUGAGAAGGCUGAGUAAGAUCGUCAACAUGGUGCCAGUGAUCGCCAAGGCAGACACCCUUACCCUGGAGGAACGGGCCGAGUUCAAGAAAAGGAUCCAGAAGGACUUGAAGGCCCAUGGCAUCAGCGUCUAUCCCCAGGAGGAUUUUGAUGACAACUCAGACGACAGGAUAUUGAAUAAUAAAAUUCGAGACAAAAUGCCCUUUGCGGUGGUGGGAGCGGACAAGGAGCAUCAGGUGAACGGCAAGAGGAUCCUGGGCCGCAAGACCAAGUGGGGGAUCAUUGAAGUGGAGAACCCAGCACACUGCGAAUUCCCCCUGCUCCGAGACCUGCUCAUCCGGUCCCACCUGCAGGAUCUCAAGGACAUCACUCACAACGUGCAUUACGAGAGCUACCGUAUGCAGCGGCUCAACGAGAGCAACCGGCUGGCGCUGAGCCCCAUCAACGGGCUGCUGGGGAAGGACGAGGUGGAGAGCGACCUCUGAGCAGCGAGAGCAGGGAGUCCUCCUCCCAGACAGCGCCCACAGACUGGCUGAGGGGGGGAGGAGCUGAGAUCCCCACCCCCUGGACAGAGCUCCUCCGUUCUCACUGCCCUACCCAAGUGCCCUAGUGCUGGGCUAGGCACCGUCUCUGCCGAUGCACCAAAACCUUCCUGCCAUGCAACAGCCUUAAGCAAAGAACGAGUCCCGGGAGGCUGUGCCCCACUGCUCCCCAUCCCCAUCCCCCUUGGUGACUUUUCAUAGAGCUCAUAGGUUCCUGGCACACGCACCCCCUGCACCGCUGCUUCCCGACAAGCACACCCCAGUUCUGGAGAGAGCCCCACCCUACCACAGAGGCACAGUCUGGAGCCAGUGGGCCUGACCCCCUGAGACCCAAGCAGCACCCACGGGAAGGCAUAGAGGCGCAGGCCUUUCCCACUUCCAGCCUUUGCCUCCAGGACGGGGGCAGCCUCAGGCCUGUGCUGCUGAGAACAGCCUCACCUCCUGAUGUUCCCCAUGGGCUGUUGCCCUGAGACUCCAGCUCCUUCGGGAGGCCCAGCGCCUGUAUCUCCCAUGAGGGACAACUGGAGAAGAACACCACCCCGUGUGCUGUGGGGCAGAGGGGGCCCUUCCUGCUGUGGGGUGGAGGGAGCCCUGGGGCUGGCAAGGCAGAGCCAGCCCUUCCUGCUGGGGGAUGAGUGAAGCUCUGGGAGGUGGAGGUACCCAGCCAGCCUCUCCCAUGCCCUUAGGGGACAGCUCAGUGGAAUUCCUCAAAGGGUUCUGACCCAUCCUACAGAGGGCUAGAGCCUGUAGCUGCCCAUGAGAGUAGGGAAAAGGUGGGAUGGGCAGUGCUAAGAUUUGGGGGAUAGCAGAGGGGGACGGAGGCCCAACCGACUGCCCCUUGGGCAGAGCCGCCAGCAGUGUGUGUCCAAACCACACGUGGGCUGGGAAAAGCCGGGGGCGGAGCAAGGAGAUGGAUGCAGGCUGCCCCAGCCAGGGGAGAGGCAUUGGUGGGAGGUCCAGGGCUGGGGAUGAGCGCUGGGCAGCGGGAGGAGCGAGGGGUGUCACAGGGAAUUCCCCCCCCAGCCCACCGGGUGGGGCUUGGCCAUUUACUGUCCUCUGUACAGCUGGGGCUGGGGCUGGGGCUCGUUCUAUUGCUGGAGGCUCUGGUCACACAUUAAAGAUCCCCCUGCAGCCUUGGC